UUUUCCUUUUCAGAAUUUGACUACCCAUCUGCAGUGAGUCUAUUCUGGGCCGUCUCAGGUUUCUGAAGCAGGGGGCUUAUCAGGGCCCAUGGGUGGAAGAUGCAAAGAGGAUGAGUACCAGGACCUCUUGAUCAGACAAUGUCGGCGCUGUCGCCCCACAUGCGGCCAACAUCAUAUCCCCAAGUGCGCCAGUUACUGCACAUCCGCCCUCUGCGAGGCAAAGCCGGGCCACUGCUACGACAGGCUGCUGAAGGCAUGCCUUAAGUGCGAAGACAUCUCGGGCAGACACCCACCAGAGUGCAACCAGCACUGCCCAGCUCUGUCACGGCCCGCGAUAACCAAGAAGCUCGUGGUUGACGGUACCACGCAAGUGUGGACCAACAGGGCACCCAGAGGUUUGGAGGACUCUGCGAUCCUGCUCUACUCCCUGCUGGCCGUCUGCAUGGUGCUGUUGUUUUCCAGCCUGUGUCUCGCCCUGAUCGUCUUUCUGAGGGGGAAAAAGGCCAAAAGCCCUGCAGCAGCAUCCACAGGGGGCGGAGACCACAAGGGGAAGUCUGUGGUCAAGCCAGGACAGGAAUCUGGCCAGGCGGCAAAGAGCUCCAAGGAUGUACCAACAAGCCUGAGGUAUCCCACCUACCGGGAACCUUCAGAUGACUCCAGCCCAACGGAGAACUGCACAUGUGUACACUGUUUCCCUGACCUGAGAGCUUUCGGCCAAGACAGCGGCAGACCGCCAAGAGCGCAGUACUCGCUUUACCAGGAAGGCGUCCCCCAGAGACCCCAUGUCCAGGAUGGGGGUUCCAUCUGUGUCGCGGGGAGCCUUCUUGGCUCUGGCAUUGGUGCCUUGAAGGAGGCCACGAUGGGAUGAGGUCCAUCUGAGCUCCUUGAAUUAUUGCAGGGGAAAGUCUGAAACAGUCAAAUGAUUCCUCUGAAACAUCAGAGGUUGUCAGUUUAGUCACAUUU